AUGCCGACCAAGGCUUUGGGAGAGACUUUGAAAGAGUAUAUGGUUGUCGGGCGCAAGCUUCCAACCGAGAAGGAGCCGGUGACGCCGAUAUGGAAGAUGCAAAUUUUCGCUUCCAAUCAUGUCAUUGCCAAAUCGCGUUUCUGGUAUUUUGUUUCUAUGCUUCGGCGUGUGAAGAAGGCCAAUGGAGAGAUCUUGUCAUGCAAACAGAUCUUCCCUAGCAAGACCGCUGGUUCCGUAAAGAAUUACGGCGUAUGGUUGAAGUAUGAUUCGCGCACGGGACACCACAACAUGUACAGGGAAUACCGCGACGUGACCGUUGCAGGAGCUGUUACCCAAGCUUAUCGUGACAUGGGAGCUCGUCACCGUGCUCAGGCUGACCGUAUCCAUAUUCUAAAAGUGCAAGCUGUGAAGGCCGCUGACACCAAGAGAGCUGGAAUCAAAAUGUUCCACGACUCCAAAAUCAAAUUCCCUCUUCCUCACCGUGUUACCAAGAGAAAAAACGUCUCUCAGUUUACUACGAGACGUCCGACCACUCAUUUCACGUAA